UUUUUUUUUCUUCCUUCCUCUCUCCGAAGACGAGCGUCGGCGUUCGCCUAGAGUGUUUACCAGAGUUUGUGUGCGAACGACGAGGUUUGCCCCAGAUUCCUCAGGGUAAAUCCGGGUGGAGACGCCAUUAUUUGGGAAAUAUAGUGGCGAUUUGUCGUGAGAUGUUGCGGCGUGGAUUUAUUACUGUGGCAUUUCCAAGCGGCGGCGGACACGGGGCGUCCAAGCCAGGCUAAGCUAAGGAACCAGCGGCCGGCCGGAGGAAGCUCACUAACAUUAGCUUAACCGAGCUAACAGCUAACGAGAACUGAGCCACAUUCACACGAGCGCGGAUCGAUUUUUUGACGUCACUUGGCCCACUGCUCGGGCCCCUGGCGGAAGAAUCCAGCGGACUAGCCAAGGUUGGCCUAUCGAGCUAUCGUCCAGCAGAGCCACAUCUGCACAAAACGCAGACUAGCUGAUGUUAGCUGAGCUGAGCCAAAUCCACAGGACCACAGGCAGUUUUUCGACGUCCCCCCGCUCCAGCGGUCAAGGCAUCGGCGGAGGAUUUUAGCGGACUAGCUAAUGUUAGUCAAGCGAGCUAACGGCUAAAGACGGCGUUGUUUUUCGGAGCGACCAUGACCUCCAGUGGCUUCUCCGAUUUGCGCGAUAAACUACGGUCGAUGCCGCCGCACCGGGACGACUACCCGACGAGCAACGGCGGUAGCAGCGCGGGGCGAAAGCGCCGGCGCCGCGAGUCCGAUGACGACGACUGCGAGCACAGCGACGACAGCGGCGAGCUCCGCGAGCAGGAGGCCCACCGGGUACGCAGCAGCGUCCUCCAGAAGAGCAUCUUCACGCCGGAGGAGUGCGUGCGCAUCGAGCAGAAGAUCGACGAGGUGGUGGCCAAGGCGGAGGCCGGACUCUACCGCGAGCACACUGUGGACCGCGCGCCGCUGCGCAACAAGUACUUCUUCGGUGAGGGCUACACGUACGGCGCGCAGCUGGAGAAGCGCGGCCCGGGCCAGGAGAGGCUCUACCGCAAGGGGCAGGUGGACGACAUCCCCAGCUGGGUGCACGAGCUGGUGAUCAAGCGACUGGUGUCCGCCGGCGUGAUCCCGGAGGGCUUCGUCAACAGCGCCGUCAUCAACGACUACCAACCGGGCGGCUGCAUCGUGUCCCAUGUGGAUCCGCUGCACAUCUUCGCUAGGCCCAUCGUGUCCGUGUCGUUCUUCAGCGACAGCGCACUCUGCUUCGGGUGCCGCUUCCAGUUCAAGCCCAUCCGCGUGUCCGAGCCCGUCUUCGUGCUGCCCGUCCGCAGGGGCAGCGUCACGGUCCUCAGUGGCUACGCUGCUGAUGACAUCACACACUGCAUCAGACCCCAGGACAUCAAGGAGAGGCGAGCGGUCAUCAUCCUGAGGAAAACCAGACCAGACGCCCCCAGACUGGACUCUGACAUCCCAUUAAGUUCCACACCAGUCGAGAAGGCGCCCGCCCUCAAAGCGAAGCGCUCUCAUCGCAAGGCCGACCCAGACGCUGCUCACAGGCCAAGAGUGCUGGAGAUGGACAAGGAGGAGAACCGGCGACACUCGUCGUUCGGCCAGCGCCGUCACAGUACGUCGUCGGACGACUACAGGAAGCGCGAGGCGGACUACGACAAACACCGAGAGAGCUCGUCGCGCAAAGUCAAAAUGCGGCGCCACUGAAGGAGGGACUCCUCUGCGUCGGGUUUCUUUUUACGAGCGCACCCGUUCUUUUUGGUUUGUCUUUAGGCGGAGACGUGAAGGGGCAUGUUUGUGUUCUGAAGAUGUACAUACCUUCAAAAGCUGCUUGUACAUAAGGAAAGCUGAGCUGUACAAUAACAUUUGUCUUAGUCUUUAAGCCUUGUCUUUUCUGCGUACAUUUCUCACCUUUUUGUUUCUUUCUCAGCAUCAACAAGUGUAGGAUGAUUGAAAAGUUGGGCCUCCUUCUUUUUAGAGUAUGAGAGGCCAUGUUAUUGCUUUUUCUCUAUUAAAGCACAAGGUUCCUCA